GAACGCCUCGCGCCAUGUUUUUCAGGCGCAAUCUUUAAGUCCGUGGCACGAUGAGCUGGUGGAGGCGAAUCAGGGCACGCAUGCAUAUAAGCUCGCUCCUGGGCCGUGAUACCACCAGACUUGCCCAACGACAAUGACUCAACAGAUUGCAGCCAUAUUUGGAGCAGGGCCAAAGGUGGGGAAAUCUGUCGCCCUCCGCUUUCUCAGUGGUGGCUACAAGGUCGCAGUCGUGUCCCGCUCGGGGGCGCAGAGUCUCGACGAGGAGGUGGCCAUCCAGAAUGGGAACCUCCGUCAGUACAAAGCCGACUUUUCGAGGGCAGAGGAGACUGCACAUGUGUGCAAAACGAUUGAAGACGACUUUUCGUGUCCCAUCAGCGUCUUCUUCUACAACGCCUACGGAGGCACAGGCGCUGGCCAAAACAUUUUGCAGCCGUCGCUCGACACCAUGCGGAGGACACUUGAGGUGAACACCUUGUCCGUCUAUGCUCUUGCUCAACAAGCUGUCGCCGGCUUUGAGAAGCUCCCGCAGCAGGUUUCCAAGGCCUUUAUCUUCACCGGAAAUGGCCUCGACGAUCCCAAGACCUUUCCACGGACACCGCCCAGUCUCUUGUCGCUCAGCAUUGGCAAGACCAGCACUGCUCAGAUCAUUGACGCGGCAGCUCAGAUCUUCGGUCCCAAGGGCUUCAGGUUCUACUACAUCGACGAGCGCGUCAGCGACGGCACGCCCGCUUACAAUGGAAGAAGCGCAAAGCCACUGGAGAGUGACGUCGUCGGCGCCCUUUCUGAGGGCCUGGACCAACCAAAAAAGCGCCACAGCAGCUUUCUUUUACAAUUUUCGCGGAAAAAAACCCUGUCCGGGCCGACACAAGGAAGCUCAGAAAGUUCGAGCUCUAUCCUGGCGAAAAAGAGGGGAGAGGAGCAUGGUCCGGGAUCUCAACAACAAAACGACCACAACGACAACAGAGACGGCAAGAAGGACAAGAGACGAAUGGAGAGCGUCGAUGUCUAUCGGUCGGCUGGGCGGCAGCCCCUGUCGCACGAGUGGCCGCCCUUUCUGAAGUCGUACAGGCGCGGGCGGUGGGACGACGACUGGGGCAAGAUCAACGUCGAGACGAUCGAAAACGAUGCUGGCGUUGAGCACCUGGGAGAAAGACACUGCAGCUUCGACUUUUUCCGCGAGCACGGCUUUCUCGGAGCCCCUCGGCCAUCCAAGGAAGCAGAGAAGCUGAUACGAACCACGCUCCUGCACCACGGCCUGGGCCAGCCGACCAAGAGCGAGGAACUGAAACUCUACUGCGAGAUGGCCAAGCGUAUCUUCAGUGUGGAUGCUGCCCUCUUUACCAUGUCGUGCAUCAACGAGACGCGCGUGUCCAUCAUGGCCCAGUGUGGUGAUGCGGGGAUCCCUGACAGCAUCCCGAGUGCCUAUGCGCUUUGCUCGCACGGCUUCUUGCUCCCGAGCAAUGCUGCUUUUGUUGUCGGCGAUCGGCGACAGGACUGGCGCACAAAGGGCUUCGUCCAGCGUGACGUGCACGGCGCCGAAAUGCAGUUCUUCGCGUCCGUUCCCCUGCUUCUUUCCUCUCCCUCGUCGUCCUGCUCAGCUGGGCAGAGCAGCAAGGUCCAUGUGGGCAACCUAGUCGUCAUGCGCAAGGCGCCCUGGACCGACUUUGGCGACGACCGGGCGCGCCUGCUCCAUGAUCUUGCUGCCAUGGCGGCCAAGACGAUCGAGGUCGACACGCUGAGUGUCAAGCAGCAGAAGGCCGUCGCCUACCAGGAGGGCAGCGCGGCCCUGGCAGGUGUUUCGCGAUCCCGUGACUACGCCACAGCAGGGCUCGGAGAGCAGCAGCAGCAGCAGCAUCAGCAGCAGCACUUUGUCCAGCUGCUCGCCCGGCUCUUGGAUGCUGCUCUCGUGGCCAUUGUGGACCUCUCGCAGACAGAGGACAAUGUCGUGGCCAGUGGCAGCAGUAGCACAGCAGCAGCAGGCCAAUUGACCAGUCAGGCUCUGAGGGAGCUCCUGCCCUGUCGCGGCGAGGGCCACCUCGUUUCCUGGUGCCAGGGCGUCGACGACGACGACAGCGACGACAGCGACAGCAGGGCGAAGCUCCUUGCCGUUCUGCCACACGCCACAAGGGCCUUCUUUGCGCUGCCAGUGCAGUCCGAGGGCGUCGAUGUCGUCAUCGUGGCCUCGUGGUGCGACGAAAGGCUCCUGGACGACACCGACACCCACUUCCUCUACACGGCCGGCGUGCUGCUGCACAAUGUCUUUCUCCGCGAGCAGGCCCUCGUGGCACAGCACACCCAGCUGCGCUUCGUCCGGUCUGUGCAGCAUGAGAUGCGCACGCCCCUCAACUGCAUCCUCGGCUACCUCGAGCUCCUGGGCGAGCGGCCGGCGUCGGCAGAAGCGAACAAGGACGAGCUUCUGGAGGCGGCCCGGCUCGCGUCGCUCGACCUCAAGGCCCUCGUCAACAGCGUGCUCGACCUCGAUGUGGCAGCGUCGGCAAGGCUGGAUGUGCCCCUUGUUCUGGACGAGGGAGUGGGCGCCGCCGAGGAACAAAAGGAGGAACCCCUCGGCAGACUGGUGGAGGACGUCUGCCGUGGCGAGAUUGGCCGGGUGGCCCAACUCCAGCGGCAGGACCUCCAGAUCUUUGAUGACGCCCGUCCCUUCAACCAGCUUCCCCUCGUCAUCCUCGACGUCGACGCGCGGGCCCAAGCGCUCAUGGUCCCGUGCCCCGCCCAGGCACGACGCAUCCUCGCCUGCUUCCUCUCCAACGCACUCCGCUUCACCGACGCCCGUGGCCUCGUGCGCGUCGAGGUGCUCCCAAACCCUGGCCCGUCACCCUUUUUCGAGGUACGGAUCGAGGACAGCGGCGUCGGCAUGAGCCAGACGUUCCUGGAGCGCGGCUAUCUCGAGGCCUUUGAAAAGGCCAGCCCGUUUACAGUCGGAGCAGGCGUGGGCGCAACGCUGGGCGCCAGGCUCGUCGAGGGUCUUGGUGGCCUCUUCUCCGUCCGCAGUGCGCCGGGCCAGGGCACGACCGUCUCCUUUACGCUCCCGCACCUGCCUUUGCCUUCUUCUUCGGAGUCGGCGCUGGUCGUAAACGAAGCGCCGCUGCUGUUCGUGGGCAAGAAGUACUCCAUCGUUGGACAGAAAGACGACCCGGACCAGGGCCUAUCUCAGCCAGCUAUCGCGCAUUUGGAGCGCUGUUUGGAGAGGCUGGGCCUGGUGCAGAGCACAGGCGCAGGCGACGCCGACGUCGAGAUCACCAGCUGCCUCGUCGAUGGCGCCAAAGUCGUGCCCAACGGCGGUGCCAGGACGAUUGUCCUGGCACGCACGCCUGAGCACGCAGACCAGGCCAACAUCUUGGCAGCGCCCUUUGGCGUCCUGGCGCUGCAGACAUGCCUCACUACCGCGCUGGCGACGCGCCGGGCUGCUCCGCCCCGUCGCACACCGUCGUCACCGCCGCUGGACAGCAAGCCGCGGAUCCUCCUCGUCGAGGACAACCCGAUCAACAUGCGCCUCCUCACCGUCAUUGUCUCCAAGCUGGGCUACGCGUACGCAGAGGCAUUCGAUGGCCUCGAGGCUGUCGACAAGUACCAGACGUUCCGGCCCCACGUCGUCCUCCUCGACAUCUCCCUGCCCCACCUCGACGGCUUUGAGGUCUGCCGCCGCGUGCGCGAGCUCGACGUCGGUCACCGGCCCCUCAUCGUUGCCACGACGGCGCUCUCGGCCGAGGCCGAUCAGCGGCGCGGGCUCGACGUCUGCGGCAUGGACCACUGGCGCACAAAGCCCCUCUCGCCCCGGGCGCUGCGGUCGGAUCUGCUGGCCUGGCUGUCUUCCUUCUGAGUGCUUUCCCUUCCUCUUCAUUCUGUGCAUCCACCUCGUCACGGGCCUCAUUGUAUCAUACCAUCUAGCAUGCAUCGUCACUCUAUUCACC